AGGUUGUUACAUUUAGAGUGAGUGCGGGAGAAAACGAGCAAAUGUGCGCGUCGGUGAGGAAGGAAGGAAGGAAGGAGGGCAGAGAGUGCGCAAAUAAGAGCAGCAGCAGCAGCAGCAGCAGCAGCAGAGAUCUGUGCUGAUCCACAUCCAGAUCCUGAUCUCCUGUGUGUCUUCAGCUGCCAACUCUCUCUCUCUCUCUCUCCCUCUCUCUCCCCCUCUCUCUCCCCUCUGAUUGAGAUUUCACUGCCGGCUUGAAGUGCCAAACACCACCACACACUUUCUCUGGACCUCGGUUAUUCUUAGCUCCACUGCUGCGAGAGACGCUGUCCUUCCUCCUCCUCCUCCUCCUCCUCCUUCUUCUUAUUCACCUCCUCCUCUUAUUUCUCCCUGUUUCUUCAAUAUUUAAUGGAAAAUGGCGAUCUGCGCGCAGUCCUACGGCUUUUUCUGCCUCCUCACCGUCCAAACUGUGCUCAUCAUCUGCGUCUCCACGCCGACGGACGGGACCCACCUCUUCCCCCAGCACUACACGAUGAUGCACUGGGCUGGACGCAUUGAGAAGGAGCUGGAGAAGGUUCUGCAACACGUCACUGGGAUUCAGCAGAUGAGAUCGAUCUACAGCGAGAAGAAGAGCCAGUUUGAAAUCAAGAGGAACAACCCGAAGGACCUGGUGGAGAGAGUGGCCCGGGACAUCUCCAAACUGCUCAACAGCAAGAGGAAAGCCCUGGAGAAACUGGCCAGAGAAGCUGAACUUCUUCAGAAGGAACACGUGUGGCAGGACGGUGUUACGGAGAAUGCCAUUUCAUACUACGAUUCCAAAGCGGACUCAGACUAUACGGAGGAUGGCGAGGAGGAGAGUCUGCUGGAGAGCUCGUCUCCACUGGAGCUGGAGUUUGUUGACGAUCCCAACUUCAAGAACAAGGUCAACUACUCGUCCAGUGCGGUGCAGAUUCCAACGGACAUCUACAAAGGCUCUCCUGUCAUCCUAAAUGAGUUGAACUGGACUCAGGCCCUGGAGAGGGUCUUCAUCGAGAACCGCCGCGAGGACAGCUCUCUGCGUUGGCAGGUGUUUGGCAGCGCCACGGGAGUGACGCGGUACUACCCAGCCACUCCGUGGAGGGCGCCCAACAAGAUCGACCUGUACGACGUGCGCAGGAGGCCGUGGUAUAUCCAAGGUGCUUCAUCUCCAAAGGACAUGGUCAUUAUAGUGGAUGUCAGCGGCAGCGUCAGCGGCCUCACCCUGAAGCUCAUGAAAACCUCCGUCAUCGAGAUGUUGGACACUCUGUCCGACGACGACUACGUGAACGUGGCCAUGUUCAACGAGAAGGCCGACGCCGUGGUUUCCUGCUUCAGGACUUUGGUCCAGGCCAACGUUCGCAACAAGAAGAUCUUCAAACAGGCCGUCAUGCACAUGCAGGCCAAAGGAACCACCGACUACAAGUCCGGCUUCACCUUCGCCUUCGAGCAGCUGCUGAACGAGUCGAGCGCCCCGAGGGCCAACUGCAAUAAGAUGAUAAUGAUGUUUACAGAUGGUGGGGAGGAUCGAGCUCAGGAAAUCUUUGAGAAGUACAACUGGCCCAACAAAACGGUUCGUGUUUUCACCUUCUCCGUCGGCCAACACAACUAUGAUGUCACACCUUUGCAGUGGAUCGCUUGUGCCAACAAAGGUGAGGAGUUGGAACUCACCUUGAUGUGUUUACGGUUGAACAAACAGGAGUAUCUGGACGUGCUGGGUCGUCCCAUGGCGCUGGCCGGGUCCAGAGCCAAGCAGGUGCAGUGGACGAACGUCUACCAGGACGCGCUGGGUUUGGGUCUGGUCAUCACUGGGACCAUGCCGGUGUUCAACCUGACCGGGGACGUCGUCACCUCUCAGAACCAACUCAUCCUGGGGGUCAUGGGCGUCGACGUCGCGAUCAACGAAAUCAAAAAGAAGACUCCGACCUACAGACUCGGAGCAAACGGCUACACCUACGCCAUCGACCCCAACGGUUACGUCCUGCUGCACCCCAACCUGAGGCCCAAGAUCAUUAACUUCAGGGAGCCGGUCACUCUGGACUUCCUGGAUGCAGAGCUGGAAGACAACAACAAGGAGGAGAUCCGUCGUCAGAUGAUUGAUGGCAGAUCAGGACAGAGGAAAAUUAAGACGCUCAUUAAGUCGGUUGAUGAGCGGUACAUCGACGAGGCCGUACGGACGUACACCUGGACGCCCGUGGACGGAACCGACUACAGUCUAGGUCUGGUUCUGCCCACGUACAGUGAGAACCACAUCAAGGCCAACCUGAGUGACCAGAUCCUGCAGGUGCAGUAUUUUGAAUCCCUGCUGCCAAACAGUUUUGAGUCUGAAGGACAUGUGUUCAUUGCUCCCAGGGAAUACUGCAACGAUCUGGAACUGUCCAGCAACAACACGGAGUUCCUGCUCAACUUCAUCGCUCUCAUGGAGAAGGUGACGCCGGACUCCAAACAAUGUGAUAAUCUGCUGCUCCACAACCUCAUCCUGGACACUGGCAUCAUCAGGCAGCUGGUGGAGAAGGUGUGGAAGAACAAAGACCUGAACACGUACGGCUUCUUGGCAGUGUUCGCUGCGACCGACGGAGGAAUAACCAGAGUGUUUCCAAACAAAGCUGCAGAAACCUGGGAGGAAGAUCCUGAACCGUUCAACGCCAGCUAUUACCGCCGCAGUCUUGACAACAGAGGCUACAUCUUCAGAGCUCCUUAUCGAACAGGUCUGUGUUUGUGUGGAGCCGUAGAUCCAACUCCAGUCCUGCUCUCAACGCUCCCGUUUUUCUUUGUUCUUUUUCUUCCUCUCAGCCCGCGACGAGCUGCUCCAGACAACGACACCAUCGGGAUCCUGGUCAGCACGGCCAUAGACAUAACCUUAGGAGGAAAAAGUAUCAAACCUGCAGUGGUUGGAGUGAAGCUGGACCUGGAGGCCUGGACGGACAAGUUCAAGAUCCUGGCCAGUAAUCACACCGACAACCGCCAGGGAUCCAACACGUGUGGACCAAACAGAGGAUGUGAGAUGGACUGUGAGGCCAACAGUGACGAUCUGCUCUGUUACCUGUUGGACGACGGUGGGUUCCUGAUCAUGUCCAAUCAGAAGGACGACUGGAACAAGGUGGGAAUGUUCUUCAGUGACGUCGACCCGUACUUGAUGCACGCGCUCUACAACAACUCCUUCUACAACCGCAAACAGUCGUUCGACUACCAGUCUGUGUGUGAGCGGAUUCCCAUCAGUGAACACGGAGCGGCGCCCAGAGUCUUCGUGCCCACGAUCGCAGACUUUGUCAACGUGGCCUGGUGGACGUCGGCAGCAGCAUGGUCUCUGUUCCAACAGUUCAUCUAUGGCCUGGCCUAUCACAGCCUCUUCGUCAGAGACGAAGUUGACGCUGAAGGGUUCGACGCCAAGGAGCGCAGCUGUGUGAUGAUCCAGACGCAGUACUACUUAAGUAAUCUGAGCAGCUCCUUCAACAUACUGCAGGACUGUGGCAACUGCUCCAGGCUAAUUCACGCCAAGAGGAUAAACAACACCAACUUGCUGUUCGUGGUGGCGGAGAAGAUGCCGUGUAACACCUGUGAGAUAGAGAAGCUGUCCCAGGAGGAAGAGGAGUUUAAGGAAGAGAAUCGGUGUGAAGAAAUGGCUGUCGCGCGUUAUCGAAAAGGACCAUCGACCUGCUUCGACAACAACGCCGCCGUAAGUAGACGACGGACGACAGACGACAGACGACAGACGACGGACGACAGACGACAGACGACGGACCAGUCAGAGAGAAAUCAGACAGGAGAAGGGUUGGUUAAUGAGUUAAUAGGUUGAUGGGUGGGUUUACAUAGACAGACAGAGAGAGAGAGAGAGAGAGAGAGAGAGAGAGACUAGUUCUAACCAUGAGACAUGCUCAACAUAUUGUGACAAGAACAAUGCAACAUUAAAGAGUCUCCAACAGGAGAAGUCUAUGUAGUGUAGAGAUGUGUGUGUAGUCAAUAUAAAGUCAAAUAUACUCUAGUGUGUACAUGUAGUAUAUAGUGUAUAAAGUCAUAGUACACGAUCCUACAAAACACAGGUAAACGCAGUACUGAGUACUUCAUCUCAAA